AUGACUUCUCCUGACUACAUCAUCGUUGGCGGCGGCACUUCCGGCCUUGUCGUUGCAAACCGCCUCUCUGAAGAUCCCAAUGUUCAAGUCCUGGUCCUCGAAGCUGGUGAUGACCUCACUGCUGACCCCCGCGUCAACAUCCCCGCCUUCUGGACCGCCCUUCUUGGAUCUGAUGCCGACUGGCAGUACCAUUCAACCCCGCAGCCAGGUCUGAAGGAUCGCUCUGUCAAAAUUCCUCUGGGAAAGGCCAUCGGUGGUUCAUCUUCUCUUAAUGGCCAGGCUUUUAUUGCUCCCGCCCAAGCCGAUAUUGACGCUUGGGAGAAGCUGGGCAAUGCUGGCUGGGAUUGGGCCAGCUUGGUGCCAUAUUACAAAAAGUCAUAUACUCUUCUGCCGCCCAAGGAUCAGGCAACACUUGAUCAUCUAGGCAUCGACUGGAUCAACGACGAGUAUAAAGGCACUUCUGGUCCUGUCAAAGUGUCUUUUCCCGGUGUUCUCGAGAACCCUCUCUGCAAAGCGUGGAUUGAUGCAUUUCGAGACUUGAAUAAGAUCACAACUGGCGGUAUGUAUGCGAGCCACUAUCCCGCCGCCUUUCCUAACAUCUAUCCAGAUCCAUUCUCGGGGAACUCAAUUGGAGGAUACAGCCAUGCAGGAACUAUCGAUCCAGAGACCAAGACUCGAAGCUAUGCUGGCUCUGCUUACGCCUUGCCUGCUCUUGAGAGGCCCAACUUUAAGAUUAUCACGGGUGCUAAAGCCCACAAGAUUCUGUUCCGAGAAACUGCUGAGGGGGUUGAAGCAACCGGAGUGCAAGCCGAAGUGAACGGCGAAAUCAAGACAUUUGCUGCUGCCAAGGAGGUUAUCGUCGCAUCGGGCACCUUCAACACUCCCAAGCUGCUUGAGCUUUCGGGCAUUGGAGGGAAAGAGACACUAGAAAAGCAUGGAAUCCCAGUCACCGUUGAUCUCCCUGCAGUAGGAGAGAACCUGCAGGACCACGUCAUGACGGGAGUUAGCUACGAAGUGGUUGACGGCGUCAUCACCGGAGAUGCCCUCCUGCGUCAGGAACCAGAAGCCCUCGCCCUCGCCCAAGAGCUGUACGAGAAGCAUCGAGCUGGUCCCUUUACCGUCGGUGGCACGCAGUCUCAUGCCUUCAUGCCCACUCCUGAUUCUACCAAGGAGCUGCUCGAUAAAUACCCGCCAAUGCCCGAGAACCAAGAUUACUACAACGCUGUCCGUUCGAUUCUCGAGAAACCCGACGCAACCUCUGCUGCGUAUUUCCUGUUUCAGGUACAGGCAAACCUUCACGAGGGCGGAAAAAGCUUUGUCGGGUCGUCGCUAAUGCCGGAGAACUUUGCCUCUCUCGGCUGCUUCCAAUCUCAUCCUCUUUCUCGUGGGGCAACUCAUAUAUCAUCAGCUGACGUCAAUGCUGUGCCUGACAUCGACCCCCGUUACUUCUCUCACCCGGCUGAUCUCGAGAUUCUGGCUCGCCAUGUCCAAGCCCUCGAGGAUCUCCGCCAGACCAAAGCAUUGGGGGCAUUCCUUAAGCCUGAUGGGAAGCGUAACCACCCUGAUUCGUUCCACAUUGGAACUCUGGAGGGGGCUAAGAAGUACGUUCUCGACACGGCUUCUACAACGUUCCAUGCGUGCGGUACGGCAGCUAUGUUGCCCAAGGAGAAGGGAGGUGUCGUGGAUACUAAUCUGGUUGUCUACGGCACAAAGAAUCUCCGUGUUGUUGAUGCUAGCAUCUUUCCGCUUAUCCCUCGUGGAAACAUCAUGUCUUCAGUGUAUGCCGUGGCUGAGAAGGCGGCAGAUGCUAUCAAGGGCGUUUAA